CAGGCGGGCGCGGGGACCCGCGGCGGGCGGCGCGGGGUCCUCGGCCUUCUCCGGGCGCUUCGGAGUGUAAAGCGAGGGCCGCUUGGGCAGUGCCUGCAGAGAAGGAAGUCGGGGAGGCUGGUGUUGCCUCACUGCCUGGCAGACCUUGUGGAGUUUCUUACAUAUGGAUUAUGACCCUGGUGGCGCAGCGGUUAAGCGCUCGGCUGCCAACAGAAAGGGGGCAGUUGGAACUCGGCGCAGAGAGCUCUGCUGGAGAAAAGACCUGGCGAUCUGUUCCCGUAAAGAUUACAGCCUAGAAAACCCCACGAAGCAGCUCUGCUCUGUCGUGUAGGGUUGCUGAGUUGAAAAUCGACUUGAUGGCACCACCACUACCAACAAAAAGGAAAGAACAGUUUGCUUUUUAAGAUAGUGUUGUUGUUGUUGUUAGGGGCCAUGGAGUGCUCUGACUCACAGCGACCCUAUGAAUAACAGAACAAAACACUGCCCAGUCCUGCACCAUGCUCACAAGCCUUGGUAUGCUUGGGCCCAUUGUUGCAGCCACUGUGUCUGUUUAUCUUGUUGAGGAUCUUCCUCUUUUUUGAUAGUCCUUUACCAAGCAUGAUGUCCUUCUCAAGGGAUUACCCCUUCCUGAUAACAUAUCCAAAGUACGUGAUGUGAAGUCUCCCCGUCCUCACUUCUGAGGAGCAUUCUGGCUGUACUUCUUCCAAGAUAAAUUUGUUUGUUCUUAUGGCAGUCCAUGGUAAGGCAUCAAGGCUUCUUUGGUCGUCCUUAUUCGUUGUCCAGCUUUUGCAUGCAUAUGAGGCAAUUGAAAACACCAUGGCUUGGGUCAGGACUAGGUACUUUAGUCCUCAAAGUGACAUCUUUGCUUUUCAGUUCUUUAAAGAGGUCUUUUGGAACAAACUUGCCCAAUGCAAUACGUCAUUUGAUUUCUUGACUGCUGCUUCCAUGGGCGUUGAUUGAGGAUCCAAGUAAAAUCAAAUCCUUGACAACUUAAGUAUUUUCUCCAUUUAUCAUGAUGUUGCUUGUUGGCCCAGUUGUGAGGAUGUCUGUUUUCUUUAUGUUGAGGUGCAAUCUAUACUGAAGGCUGUAGUCGUUGAUCUUCAUCAGCAAGUGCUUCAAGUCCUUUUUGCUUUCAGCAAGCAAAGUUGUGUCAUCUGCAUAUUGCAGGUUGUUAAUGAGUCUGUCUCCAAUCCUGGUGCUGAGUUCUUCUUCACAUAGACCAGCUCCUCGGAUUAUUUGCUCGGCACACAGAUUGAAUAAGUACAACCCUGACACAUACCUUUUCUGAUUUUAAACCAUGCAGUAUCCCUUUGUUCUGUUCAAAUGAUUGCCUGUUGGUCUAUGUACAGGUUCAGCAUGAGCACAAUUAAGAGUACUGGAAUUAAGUGUUAAGUAAAUUAAGUGUUCUUAAGACAAAUAUCACUUACCACAUACAAAGUUACCACUUGGUAUAUAAAAUGUUGCCUCAAGGGGAGUCUAGCAGUAUUGAAGGGCCUGGCGCUCCUGAGUCCCCAGAGCUGUGACCCAGUGCUUCCCCAAAUAGGGGUCACUUGGGACAGAUGAUCAUGGUGAAAAAUAGAAAGCCUGUCACACACCCAACUUUAAAAACUUUAAAGUUAGGUAACUUGGGAAAGUGAUGGCUUAGAGGAAGUAAAAAGCAGAACAACCGUCUCAGCCACCUGCAUUCCGGGCAUACGGUUGUUGUUGUUAGGUGCUGUCGAGUUGGUUCUGACUCAUAGCAACCGUGUGCACAACAGAACGAAACACUGCCUGGUCCUGCACCAUCCUCACAGUCACUGUUAUGCUUGAGCCCAUUGUUGGCAGCCACUGUGUCAAUCCGCCUCUUCAGCGCUUGCUUCUUUUUCACCGACUCACUACUUUCCCAAGCAUGAUGUCCUUCUCCAGGUGACAGUUAUUUUAAGGUGAUCUUGGAAACAGUUUGCAAGGGUCUAAUUGUUGAUGCCGAGGGGUUAGAAGGCUUUUUGCACAGGUGGUGUUGAUUUCUGAGGUGAGACUGUGCUAAGGGCACUGUGUCUGCCCCCCAGAAGGGAGGUGAGGCCACACACAGGGCAGAGAAGGGUGGGCCCUGCAAGGAGCCCCAGCCACACCUCGGGCUUAGGUGAAGUUGUGGCCACGGGAUGGGAGAUGAGGGCAGAGAAGCCUCCGAGAAGUGGGAGGUGGCAGAAGUGUUUGGCCAACUCGAUACACUGCCUCCCCUGGCACAACACACAGGUCGGCACAGUGCAGAGCUGGGUGUCCAGGCCAUGUGUUCCGAAUGGCACUGGUGGAGAAUCUGGUUCCUGCAGUGCUUGUUGGCCCUCAGAGGAGUCCAGUUUAGCCAGUUAUAUGGUCAUCAUUGAGAGGAAGAGAAACCAGCCUGGCCCAAUGGAACCUGGAGAGGCCCUUCACACCUGUCCUCCAUUAAAACAAGGUUAAGCCGGAAACAAUUGCCCUGAGAUUAUCUUUGAACUUUGAACCAAGGACUCCCGGAGUCUUCUUAAAACCAAGCAGUGGUUUAGCUUGACUCGUAAGGAAUGUCUGCCUUGAGCAUUGUGCUCUUUUAAGAUCUGUCUGUAUGGGAUCAGGUUGAUAACAGCAACUUGAGGGAUUGGAUGGGAAACUUGGGGCAGUGAGUUUAUGUUGAUGGGGGAGGAGCAGCUCAGAGAGGGAAGGUGAGAAUGGGUGCACAGAUAGGAGAACUGUGAUCAGUGUCAUUGAAUCUCACAGGUAGGAAUUGUUGGAUUGGUGUGUGUUCUACUAUGUAUAUUCUCAAUAACAACAACAAAUUAAAAAAAAAAGUGCUAUGGGGGUGGUUUCAGGGUGAAGGUAUUUGACUCACUAAUGCUUUUCCUUGGAGCUCUGGUGGCAUAGUAAUUAAGAGCUCAGGCUGCUAACCAAAAGGUCAGCAGUUCGAAUCUACCAGCUUCUCCUUGGAAACCCUAUAGGGCAGUUUUCCUCUCUCUUAUAGGGUCACUGUGAGUCGGAGUCAACUCAAUGGCAAUGGGUUGGGGUUUUAAUGCUUUUCCUUAGAGUGGAGUUUCUCAGAGAUUACUCCUCAAAACAACGGUCCCAAGAGAUAUUCCCCAUAAAGAAAGGGUUCUGUUAAUCCUGUCUCGGAGCUAAGUCAAGGGGAGGGAGCUGUGGACACCCCAGGGGUUCCCUGGCAGGGUGGUGGGUGAGGGCCUAGGCACCUUGGCCUCCCUGUGGUCAUUCCUCCCAGCCCCAAGAGCCUCCAUUUGUCCCAGAACGUGUCCCUCAUUCCUCUUCUGCCCUGGCUGUCCACGCCGCGGAGAGCCUUCCACCGCUUCCAUGUCAUCCCCCUUCCUCAUCUAAGUCAGCAAACACCACACAUGCCUCCUCACCACAGGCCACUCCAUUCUGUCACUCUGUGGCUUGACUUUGCUCCUUCCUUCUUUGAGGUUUCCCCACUAGGAUGCAAGUUCUUUGUCUGUGGUUCAGAUAUUUCCUGUCCCGGGAAUUUCACUCAGCAUGUAGCAGCCACCUAGGAAGUUUGAAGGAAUGCUUUUAGGAAUUUGGAAGCUGGUGGAAUUCUACUUGAAAAUAGAUAGCUGUUUUCCUCCAGGGCGGCUCCCUCAGAGCUGGCUCCAGCCCCUGGCUCCAGGCGGCUGCUUGCUCACCCAAUGUAGCCGACCUCUUUCAAGUCCCCACUUGUCGAGGAUGGGACUUCCUUCCCAAGACCUGUAUAGGUGAGUUGCCAGCUUAUUGUUGGGCUGCACUUCACUCCAGCCACUGCAGUUUGUCUGAGCUCAUGGAGGUGUCGUUUUACAUGUGUUUACUCUCCAGCGGGAAUAAGCAGUAAGUAAAACACUGAAGAAUCUGAGUGCUUGUAUCCUAGAAAGUCACAUCAAGCCCUCCCCUCCCCAGUGGAACCAGCUGAAGUGUGGAUAUAGAAACCAGUUGCCGUAGAGUUAGUCUGACUCGCCGCGGCCCCACUUGUGUCUGUCAAACUGUGCUCCAUGGAGUUUUCAAUGGCUGAUUUUUUGGAAGUGGAUCGCCAGGCCUUUUUUCUGAAGCCCUGCUGGGUGGACUCAUCACACCAACAUUUCAGUUAGCAGCCAAGGGCAUUAACCAUUCGCACUACCCAGGGACUCCUUGGAUACAGAAGGUGUUUCAAAAAUGCCGACUGCUUGUCCCUGAGAGAGACCAGAUGAGCCAUUCUCUCCUGUACUAGCAAGUGGUGAUGCGGCACCCACUGCGUACCGGUGGUUCCUCUGCUUUGUGUGGCCAGGAGACUUCUGGGGCAAAGGCUGUUCGACAAGCUAAUGAAGAUGACUUUCUACGGGCAGUUUGUGGCCGGUGAGGACCAGCAGUCCAUCCGGCCCCUGAUCCAACACAACAGGGCCUUCGGGGUUGGCUCCAUCCUGGACUACGGAGUGGAGGAGGACCUCAGCCCUGAGGAGGCGGAGCAGAAGGAGAUGGAGUCCUGCACCUCGGCUGCGGAAAGAGAUGGCAGUGGUACAAGUAAGAGGGAGAAGCAAUACCAGGCCCACCGGGCCUUCGGGGACCGCAGGGAUGGCGUCAUCAGUGCCCGCACCUACUUCUAUGCCAAUGAAGCCAAGUGUGAUGGCCACAUGGAGACGUUCCUGCGCUGCAUUGAGGCUUCAGGUGGAGUCAGCGACGAUGGCUUCUCGGCCAUCAAACUCACUGCACUGGGGAGACCUCAGUUUCUGCUGCAGUUCUCAGACGUGCUGACCAAGUGGAGACGGUUCUUUCACCAAAUGGCUGCAGAGCAAGGCAAGGCUGAGCUCACUGCCAUGGACAUGAAGCUGGAGGUGGCAGCACUGCAGGAAAGUGUGGCAAAGAUGGGCAUCGCCAGCAGAGCUGAGAUCGAGGACUGGUUCACAACUGAGACCCUGGGGGUGUCUGGCACCGUGGACCUGCUGGACUGGAGCAGCCUCAUCGAUGGCAAGACCAAGCUCUCCAAGCACCUGGUGGUCCCGAACCCAGAGACAGGACAGCUGGAGCCUCUGCUGUCGCGGUUCACGGAGGAGGAAGAGCUGCAGAUGACGAGAAUGCUGCAGAGGAUGGACAUCUUGGCCAAGAAAGCCACAGAGGUGGGCGUGCGGCUGAUGGUGGAUGCUGAGCAGACCUACUUCCAGCCAGCCAUUAGCCGCCUGACGCUGGAAAUGCAACGCAAGUUCAAUGUGGAGAAGCCGCUCAUUUUCAACACGUACCAGUGUUACCUCCAGGACGCUUAUGACAAUGUGACUCUGGAUGUGGAGCUGGCUCGCCGUGAGGGCUGGUGUUUUGGGGCCAAGCUGGUACGGGGUGCCUACAUGGCCCAGGAACGCACCCGUGCCGCGGAGAUUGGCUACAAGGACCCCAUCAACCCCACGUACGAGGACACCAAUGCCAUGUACCACAGGUGCCUCAACUAUGUUCUGGAGGAGCUGAAGCACAACGCCAAGGCCAAGGUGAUGGUGGCUUCCCACAAUGAGGAUACAGUUCGCUUCACACUGGGCAGGAUGGAGGAGCUGGGCUUGCAUCCUGCCGAACGCCAGGUGUACUUUGGACAGCUGCUGGGCAUGUGUGACCAGAUUAGCUUCCCGCUGGGCCAGGCAGGCUUCCCCGUGUACAAGUACAUGCCCUAUGGCCCAGUGAUGGAGGUGCUGCCCUACCUGUCCCGCCGUGCCCUGGAGAACAGUGGCAUCAUGAAGGGUGCCCAGCGGGAGCGGCAGCUGCUGUGGCAGGAGCUCACACGAAGACUCCGCAUGGGCAACUUCUUCUAUCGCCCAGCCUAGAGCCCCACGGUGGACCCCACCUGCCACCAAGACUGUCAGACUCAACUUCUAGACUCUUCCCUACUACCUGUGUCCCAGGCAGUGUGGGCCAACACCAGGCACUGCCUCCACUCUCUGGAACUGUGGGA